UCUGAGUUUAAGGAAAAAAGAAUUUAACUAAAAAUUUGAUGUAAAAACCUGUUCCAUCUUGAAUAAAGAUCAAUGGAUUUACUUUUUAAAUCAAUUUUUCAUUGAAGGAUGUCAGUGCCUGUUGGUAGUACAACCAUUGAUCCUGAUGAAUACUUUACUACAGAUCCUGGAAUUCCGUUUCAUUUAUUACGACGGAAGAAGGUAACAAAACCAAACAACCAAGGCAGCUCAAACCAGUUGGCUCUCCACGGUUUAGAUGACAUGUUCAAUAAAUUUUCUGACAAAAAUAUCAAAGAUGGUAGCCAACUCAGUACCUUUCUACCUCAUCUUCCUGGUUAUAUUGAUGCACCUGGAUCAAAUGAGGAUAGCUUACAAGGAUUAAUUGACAAACCACCUGUAGGAGGACGUGAACUUGUGCCAUUAACCGAAGCUUCUUUACAAGGAUUUCGUUUAAUGCCUGGAUCGGUACCAGAUCAGUUCAAAUUUAUGAACAAACCGCCUGAAAAAAAGAAAAAGAAACAUAAACAUAAACACCACGAUGAACCGCCACAAAAUGGAAUAAACGUAACAGAGUCUACAAGAGAAAAGAAACAGAAGAAGCGUAAAAAAGAAGAUGGAAGUGAUAAAAAGAAAAAAGAGAAAAAGAAGAAGAGGAAAAAAGACAAGAAAGGAGAUCAAGAUGAACCAUCUGCUUCAUGAUGGCAAUGUUGGUUUUUGUAAAUGCUUGUACAUAUAUACAUUGAGUUUACUCUUAAGUAUCAACACAUCAUGGUUGAAAUGUUGAACGUUAAACCAGACAAAAAUUAUGAUAUUCAAAUUAUCAUAUCCGUUUGAUAAUGGCGUAAUAAACAGUGCGCAUAAAAGUGACUGGAACAUAUAUGCAUGGUAUAAUUUGUAAAUACGAUUUUACAGAGUUUAUAGAUUCUUGAAUGGUUAAAAUCCUAAGAGCAAACAAUAAAGGUUGGCAUUUACAACAUAUGGAAUUACCAUAUUGUAUUAAUUUCAUAGGAUAAGAAUUAUUGAAUGUAAUGCAGGAUUUUUAGCAUAUUUUUAAAUAAAUCAAUACAUCUAUAAA